AAUGUUUAGCCCACACAAACACACAAUCACACACAGACACACUCACCCACACUCACACCCACUCGUACACUUACGCACACUUAGGGAAGCAGAGGGAUUACAAAGGCACAGAUACCCAUAUGCUGCCCUGGGAUGGAGAAUAUAAAACUAAAUAAAAGGAGAACACAAGGUAGCUGCGACCAAGGGACCAGAGUUGAUAAUGAAUCCCCAGCAGAACAACUUGGCAGCGGCUCCAGUCGUCCUCUCUCUGCCCUGGUCCGUCUCUAUGUCUAUGCGCUGCACGGCUGCCUAUGUGAGGUGGCCUUCACUGCCGUGUUCGACUGGUGCAGCACCAGAGACAGGAAGCUGGCAGGUCACAGCAGCCUGUGGGCGCUGCCCAUGUACGCCACUGCAAUCUACCUCAUGGAGGGCCUGAGAGCACGGCUGCUCGCUCAACGUAAGCCACUGCCUGUGCGUCUGAUGGUCUACACCCUGUUCAUCUACUUAUGGGAGCUGAGCUGGGGAGCAGGGCUGGGGUUGCUGGGGGCCUGUCCCUGGGACUACUCUGGUUAUAGGUACAACCUGAGAGGACUGGUGACGCUGGAGUACGCUGUGCCCUGGGCUGUGGCAGCUUUUAUAGCAGAGCAGCAUGUGAUCAAGAACACUCUGCGGAUAAGACUGCACAACUGAACUGGUAACUGUCUGGAAUAGUGUCCUUUCAAAGACAAGAAAACAUUUAUGGACAAUGUUUUAGGAUAUCAAAGGGACAACUGUUUAUGGGUGGUCUGUUGGAUUGUCUUUAGCUGGUUAGUGUUCACUGGUUGCUUAGAAAAGUCACAAAGAUGACAUGACCCCAAGUUUCUAUAUCCAUUCUCUUCCAUAAUCCUAGCUGCCUGCCGCCAUUACGCUAAGAUAACAACCUGUGACCAAACCAUAGACCACUUCUUCCCACUAUUUAGAACUGAUGCUAAACUAUCACAGAUACAAACGCCACCAUCUUGUCAUUUGGAGCCAUUUGGAGUCUGUGCAUUAGAGAUCAGGGGAUGGAGCCACGGCUUUAAGUCCCACCGAUACACACACUUGACUGAUCUUGAGUCAGUCUCAGUUGUCAAUCAUGACCUUGCAACCCAUUUUUAUAGCAUUGAAAUAAGUAAUAAAACCAAACUUAGCUGUAAAAGAAAACAAAACUGACAGAAAUCCUCUUGAGAAAAAUAUAUUGAUGUUUACUUUGACUUUUAAUUUCAAUCCAUGUCCUGUCCACUAGCAUGGGGCGGGGGGGUUAUUACCUGCACUUCAGCCAGCCACUAGGGAGCAAUCAAUAUGCUUUGGCUUCAUUUUCAGAGAACUAUCAUGUCGUCUAUCUUUAUACACAAUCUUGGGAGUGAAUGGGUACAUUUCCCAAAAUAUCAGAUGUCAAAUGUAUUGCUUUCAAAUAUAAUAAAAUAUAAUUUUCCCAUUUUAAAUGAUCAAGUUAAAAAAAACUGUAAUGGUACCAAGGUCAGUGGCAAACUGCCCGUGGUUGAAUAAAAUAGGUGAACAGAAAAUGUUGUACAUUUCCUGAAAACAGACCAUUUCAGUGAUCAAAUUAAACGAUUCAUUUACCGAUUUUUGCCCUAUUGGAUGUAAAUCAAGCUUUGAAGGUUAAAGCAAAUUAAAAAUUCUGCUUGUGUCAAUAA